AUGGUUUUGUAUUGCUCUGUACCAAAGUUCAAAAUCAAGACAAAUUUAGACAAAGAGAUAAAAUGGGUCAGGGCCCACCAUUCAUCUAUGACACAUGAUGAUGACCUUGGCUCAUUCAGCGCUAAUGCUGAAUGCGCAAUUCUCACUUCUACCUAUGCUCUGCUGGAGGUGAUACUGGCCGGCAGAGACUGCUUGGUGGCCGGGGACUCGUGUUCGAGUGACGAAGCUUGUAGCCCACGUCUGAGGACUCUCCGACAGUGUGUGGCGGGCAACGGCAGUAUGAAGCUGGGCCCCGGGGCCAGGAGCCAGUGUGCCAAUGCCGUGUCUGCCCUGCUCUCAAGCCCUCUACAUGGCUGCCAGUGCAAACGGGGUAUGAAGAAGGAGAAGAACUGCCUGAGUAUCUACUGGAGCCUGCAUCAGUCCAUCAUACACGGACUCAACCUGGUGGAGAGUUAUCCUUAUGAGGCAGUGGAGAGAGAUUACGACUACGUUCGCUUGGCCUCUAUCACAGCCGAUUCUGAAGUUGGCAUGGCGACUGUCAACCGUUGCCUGGAUGCAGCCAAGGCUUGUAACGUGGAUGACCUGUGCCAGAAGCUUCGCACAGAAUAUGUCUCAGCUUGCAUCAAACCUACUGCCAAGUCAGGCCUGUGCAACAGGGCUAAAUGCAAUAAGGCUCUGCGCAGAUUCUUUGACCGGGUCCCUGCUGACUACACACACGAGCUGCUGUUUUGCCCAUGUACAGACACGGCAUGCGCAGAGCGUCGAAGACAAACUAUUGUACCCACUUGCUCUUAUGAAAGUGUGGACAAGCCCAGCUGUCUUACACAGACGAGAAUCUGCAAGGCUGACUAUGUGUGCAGGUCUCGCCUGGCACAGUUCCAGUAUGACUGCCAACCCUCCAAGUCUUCUGCCAAUGGCUGCAAGCAAGGAAACUAUGGAGCCUGUCUCCUCGCCUACACAGGCCUCAUAGGGAGUUCGAUAACCCCCAACUAUGUGGACAACUCCACUUCAAGUGUGGCCCCAUGGUGCUCAUGCUCAGCCACUGGGAACCAGAGAGAAGAGUGCUACGACUUCCUUGGAUACUUCACCGACAACAUUUGUCUCCAGAAUGCUCUACAGGCGUUUGGAAGUGAAUUAGACCAGCAGCCCAACCUCAGCCAACCCAGUCCACACAACCCAGGUCAGCGUGGGAGAGAAAUGCAUACAACUGCCUCUCCACCUGAAAUGAUGGAAACCACGCAGAGCCUUUUGGACACAAUAAUACCUACACAGGCGAUGGAAAAUGAACAACUGUUGGGCGCUACCACCCUGGUCUCCAAUAGUCUCCCAAAUUCCACUUCUCAUCUUAACCUAAUGCCUCAAGCUGCCUUCACGGGCCUUCUGUUGUUGCUCCUUCAUCUGCUCUGCAACACGCACUAA